AUGGCCGAUCAACUGCCUGAGGCCGAAGAAUCGCAUAUACCGAGCGAGAAGCCACGGAACUCGGCUGAGAUAGAGAGACGUACUACGUCAGCCUCUAUCGGAUCAUCGACCGGCUCGAGUAUCUCUGAAUAUGACCCCCAGGUGCAUAGGCUACAAUCGCGAAACACAGAACUGGACUUGGAACGUCAUCGGACUGGGACAUCGCGAGCAUUGAGCAGGACUGAGACGCAACGCGCUCAACAUGCGCUCACCGUGGGUGAGAGUCUUCGGUCGCGACCGUCACGGGCUCCAUUGCCAGCCUUUGGUGGGGGCAAACCCUACCCUCCACCUCUUCCUGAACGGGAAGAUUACGUUGUGGAGUUCGAUGGGCCAAAUGACCCGUUAUACCCGCUGAACUGGCCCUUGAAGAGGAAAUGCUACAUUAGUGCUAUCCUCGCCUUCACCAGUAUUUGCUCCACCUUCGAUUCCGCCGUUUUUAGUGCUUCAUCCAAUAAUGUCUCGAGUUACUUCAGCGUCGGCCUUGAAGUCGCCAUCCUCUCCAGCUCUCUAUACAUCAUCGGGUACGCCUCAGGUCCCUUGAUAUGGGCUCCCCUGUCCGAACUCAAGGGUCGUCGUCUCCCUAUCAUCGUCGCCAUGUUCGGAUUUGGCGUCUUCAACAUCGCAGUAGCAGUCGCGAAAGACUUGCAAACACUCAUGAUUUGCCGAUUCUUCUGUGGUAUUUUCGGCAGUUGUCCCCUAGCAGUUGUGGCUGCUGUGUUCUCUGAUAUCUGGGACAACCGCACCCGUGGUGUUGCUAUUGCCAUGUUCUCCUCGACCGUGUUCCUAGGCCCUCUCCUAGCACCUUUCAUCGGAGGCUUCAUUAACAUGUCCUAUCUCGGCUGGCGCUGGACCGCGUAUAUCCCCGCGUUCAUGGGCUUCGCCGCUUUCCUCCUGAAUAUUUUCUUUCUAAAGGAGUCAUACCCACCUGUGGUCCUUGUGGAGAAGGCUUCGGAGCUACGUCGUCGCACUAAGAAUUGGGGCAUACAUGCGAAGCAGGAGGAGAUUGAGGUCGACCUUCGAGACCUGAUCGUAAACAACUUCUCUCGUCCGCUUCGACUACUAAUUAACGAACCAUUGAUCCUAGCCGUCACUGUCUACCUAAGUUUUAUCUACGGGUUGCUCUACUGCUUCUUGACCGCUUACACUCUGGUCUUCCAGGGCGUUUACGGCAUGAACGCUGGUGUUGGAGGACUUCCGCUCUUCGGCAUGGUGGUGGGUCUGUUUAUCGCCGCGACUUAUAUUAUCAUCGCUAGCAAGGGCUACAAUAAGAAACUCGACAUGAACGGUGGUGUCCCUAUCCCCGAGUGGCGUCUCCCGCCAGUGAUGGUUGGCGGUGCUCUCUUCGCCGCCGGUCUCUUCUGGUUUGGAUGGACUGGCUUCAACGGUACCAUCCACUGGAUCGUGCCUACCCUGAGUGGCCUAUUUACUGGAUUUGGUCUUCUGAUCAUCUUCAUCCAAUUGUUCAAUUAUCUGAUUGACACAUAUCUUAUGUUCGCUGCAUCAGCCAUUGCAGCAAACACCUUCUGCCGCUCGAUGGUGGCAGCCAGCUUCCCGCUUUUCUCACGCCAGAUGUUCCAAGGCAUGGGUAUCCAGUGGGCUUCUACGCUUCUCGGAUGCGUCGCAGCUGUCCUCGUUCCAAUUCCCAUUGGGUUCUACUUCUUCGGUAAGAGAUUGAGGAUGAAGAGCAAGUUCGCGCCAUUUUAUGAAGCUGUCCAGGAAGGACACGCGGCUGAGGAAGCCGAAGAACAGGCGGAGGGGACUGUGCACCGGCAAUAA